AUCGUGCGGUUCGUGAUCUGUCGCGCGUUGAGGUCUCCCGACGACUUGGACGCGGUGCAGGUAUAGAACGCGAAUCGCGUGAAAAUUCAAACAACUAGAGCACACAGAACUAGGUGUCAGAGGUGUGUUUGUGUCGGUUUGUGUGCGUGGAGGGGACAUGUUCUCGGGGCGCGUAGAGUUUCGCACAUUUGGCGACGGUGGCGGCACUUUUCGUGAGGCCGGGACCUGUGUGCACUCUUGGGGUAUAAAAGCUACUACAGGGCUAGGCCGAGCCAUCAGUAAUAGUUUUAGGUUGACGCUCUACGCGCAGAUGUAGAGCGAUUUUUUGACGUCCGGUCGAUUCCGAGGUUCCGUUCUUCCGUCGUGCGUGUCCGCAGUCCGUGUCCUAAUUCCGUGCGUGCACGCGUUCUAAUUUCUGCCGUAAAUUAAUUGUGUAUCCGUGCGUGCGUGCGUGUUCUACACGAAAACUUCAACAUGAAGCUUUUCGCUGCAAUCUUGAUUGUGGCUUUAGCAGCGGCACCUAGUUUAGGGAACCCCGCCCCAGACUGUCCACCGGGUGGACACGGAUACGCCUAUCCAGCACCACAAGUACAACUCUCGGUCGGCAAGGCCAUCAACAGCGUCAGCGUGACGCCCGGAUUCUCGUCCUACUCGGUUGAUGGUGCCGUCAAGUACGCCUCAGUUGGACCUUCGUACAGUUCGUACGAAGCAUCGCCAGCAUACGCCGCCUUCGGAACCGGCGCCGAUCUCAAGCUGUCCAGCUAUGUCCCGGCGGUGAAGACGGUGUCCGCCACCCCCGGCGUUGUUUACGCCGCGGAAAAAUCGGCCGCAGCCUACGUGGCCCCGGCUGUGACCAAGAUCGUCGCGGCGGAACCCGCGUACGUGUCCAAAGAGUACCUGCCCCCAGUGAAGACGGUAGUUUCGGCCGCUCCAGCCGCUUACUCGUCGUACGUGUCCAGCCCUGCGAUCUCUUCGUACUCGGCAGGCCCAGCCGUGUCUUCGUACGUUGCCACCCCGGCUGUCAGCAAGGUCAUCAGCAGCCCUGCCGUCUCGUACGGAUAUGCUGCACCAGCUGUUGCGUCCUAUGCUGCUCCCGCUAUUGCUACUGUGGCCAAGGUCCCCGCCUACUCGUCCUACGUGUCCGCCCCAGCUGUUGCUAAGGUAGCCGCCGUGCCGGCCUACUCUUCGUACGUUUCUGCACCGGCCGUCAGCAAGGUCGUCAGCGCCCCAGCCAUCUCCUACGGAUAUGCCGCCCCUGUCGCCAAGGUUGCCAGCUAUGCUGCACCGGCUAGCGUUGCUUACGCUGCUCCAGUUGCCAAGUACGCUACCUACUCGGCUCCAGUCACCAAAGUGGCCAGUUAUGCUUCGCCAGCCAUCCCGGCCUACAGCGCCCAUGCGUACGGUCCAGCCGUCUCAUCCGCCUAUGUUUCGUCUCCGGUAGUGUCCAAGGUCGGAUACGCUGCCCCAGCGUACGCCACCUACUCCGCUGCUCCAGCCAUCUCCAAGGUCGUGGCCAGCCCCGCCUACUCUUCGUACGUGUCAGCUCCAGCUGUUUCGAAGGUUGUGUCUUCCCCAGCCUACUCGUCGUACAUUUCCACGCCUGCCAUUGCUAAGGUAGCUUCCGUGCCAGCCUACUCUUCGUACGUUUCUGCCCCAGCCGUCAGCAAGGUUGUCAGCAGCCCUGCCGUCUCGUACGGAUAUGCCGCUCCAGUUGCCAAGGUCGCCACCUAUGCUGCCCCGGCUUCUUAUGCUGCCUAUGCACCAGCUGCCGUUACCAAGUACGCUAGCGCCCCAGCUUAUGCCAGCUACAGCACCGGACCAGUGGUUGCCAAGUACGCUACCGGACCUAGCUAUGCUGCUUACAGCGCUGGUCCUGCGAUCACGAAGUACUCUUCCGCCCCAGCUGUCUCUACCGCUUACGUGUCCGCCCCAACUGUCACCAAGUACGCGAGCGCUCCGGCUUACGCCAGCUACAGCGCCGGACCCGCAAUCACCAAGUACGCUAGUGCCCCGGCUUACGCCAGUUACAGCGCCGGACCUGCUAUCACCAAGUACGCUAGUGCUCCAGCUUAUGCCAGCUACAGCACCGGUCCCGUUGUGACCAAGUACGCUAGUGCCCCAGCUUAUGCCAGUUACAGCGCCGGCCCAGUGGUCGCCAAGUACGCGACCAGCCCCGCUUAUGCCGCCUACAGUGCCGGCCCGGCCAUCGCCAAGUACGCUACCUCGCCAGCUGUGUCCACCGCUUACGUGUCUGCCCCGUCCGUUGCCCAGUACGCAGUCCCAGCCGUCACCAAGUACGCUAGCGGUCCGGCUUACUCCAGCUACAGCGCAGGUCCCGUCGUGGCCAAGUACGCUACCGGUCCGAGCUACGCCGCCUACAGCGCCGGCCCAGCCAUCGCUAAGUAUGCCGCUGCCCCAGCUGUCUCCACCGCUUAUGUGUCCGCUCCGGCCGUGGCCAAGUACGCCACCGCUCCAGUUGUCUCCACUGCUUACUCUGCCGGACCUGCCGUCACAGCCUACAGCUCCGGAGCCGCCUUUUCUAAGGUCGUUGCCGGACCAGCCUACUCCAGCUACGUGAGCACCCCAGCCGUAUCCAAGGUCGUGUCCACUCCGGCCGUGGCCGCUUACAGCACUGUCCCUGCUUACUCCUCGUACUCGGUCAGCCCAGCUGUGACGAAGUACGCCGCCACUCCGGCUGUUGCCGCUUACACCACCUCCGGAGCUGCCCAUGGCUACUACGCCGCUGGACCAGCACUCGCUUCGGCUCACUACGGAGGAAUCCGCUACGCCGCGGCUGCUCCCGCCAUCACCACUAGCUACCACGCCGCCCCGGCUGCCACCAUCGUCAAGUCCGCUGUCCCAGCCACCAUCGUGAAGACCGUCGCCGAAAAGCAUCUCGAAUACUACGACGACCAUCCUCGGUACGCCUUCGAGUACGGCGUCAACGAUCCGCUGACCGGUGACAACAAGCACCAGAAGGAGGAGCGCGACGGCGAUGUCGUGCGUGGCCAGUACUCGCUGGUGGAACCCGACGGCAACGUGCGCACCGUCGACUACUACGCCGACUGGGCCACCGGAUUCCACGCCACCGUCACCAACAGCCGGGACCAGGUCCACGCGACCAAGGUGCUGGGCAAGCGGGCCGUCGUGAAAGCGUAAAAAGCGCAGAGCAUAGGAAAAAAACAAACAAACAAACAAACGCGUACCACCUAUCUUGUUUGAGAGAGCUACGACAGCAAGCAAUUUGUGUAUAAAAUGUUUUGUUAGAGUUGUAUUAGAGUGUAAGUGUAACGGAAAAGUACCGCCCCCCUCAAGCAAAUUAUUUAUUGAUCGAUGCAAUUACGCCAGCAAAGUUCUGUUCUGAUCAUCCAACUUUCCUAUAGCUUCAUGUUACCCUUCUAUCUGUUUGUACAUACUAAUUCUCAACCAAAUUGAACCUCACCACCUCCCUCCCUUAAGCCACAAAGUCUUCUUCUUCCCUAACUCAUGUUUCAUUAGUUCUUUUUUAAAUAAUUACAUUUUUUUUUUGUUUUUUCUCUACAUUAUAAUGCCAGCAAGAGUAACGAACAGCAAGUAUUUGUCUCAUGAAAUGAAAACGCAUGAUUUCAAUGUGAUAAAAGUGUCAUAAAAUGUUAUUUGUAUUUGUCUAAAGAAAAUUUAAACGAAAUAAAAAAAGUUAAAAAAA